AUGGCGAAUGUUGGCCAUACCUAUGACCCCUCCUGCAUGCUUCAUACCGAAUCCAAUCUAUUCACACGGCGAGCCAGUCAGAUCUCAAUCGAACCCCCGCCAAUCAAGGCACAUUAUUUCUACUGCUCUUCUCUCCCUAUCGAUGAUCCUCUGCUGCCCGUUCCUCCACCAAAUACCGGUGGUCCUCGGGCUGCAAUAGUUCCCCCACGACCUUUCUCGGUACAUGAUAAUAGAGCUCUUGAAGAAGCGUGGCUUAAAAUCCACAGACCAUACCUGUCGCAAGAGAGCUCCAGAAAACUAUCAGAUGCCGCUUUAGAGAAAUAUCCACACGAUGGUCAAGUCUCAAGAAGGAGAGGCGAGAGUCUCUCUAAAAUCUUCAAAGGUUCCCUUGACCGGAACGGCAGUAAGAAGAACGAUUUCGCCCACUCCAAUCAAAUCUCCAGUAACAAAGGAGGUAUCAGCUCCCCAGAUGGUCAGGCCACCACGACGGAUAUUGUCAUUCCAUCUCCAGAGUUGGACUCGAUUGACGAUAUAGACCCUGCUACACCACUGCCUUUCUCGCCGCCUCAAGCCUCUCUAGUCACUAGUUCCCAUGUCACUCUGAGCGAUGAUCCCGAGUAUACAUCACUAGCACAGGCUUCGCCAGUAACACAAAAAGAGAUCAAAGAGAACGAAGCAAACGCUGGCGUGCCCGCUGAUCGCAAGCGAAGUAGGAGUCCGUUUAGUCGCAAGGAAAGAACAGGAAACCACAUUAAAGCAGCCACAGCAUUGGGCUCAGAAGAUACGCCACGUCCGAGUCGCAAUGCAUCUCUCGCUGCAUCGAAGAGACAAGAUCUCACAGAUCUUGGGUCGAGCCCCACUGAACGCAGCACUACAGGCACCCCUUUCUUACGCAUACCGUCAAGCUUACGACGCAACCGGUCAAGAUCGCGCUCUCCGGAGCCCAGUGGACAACCGAUACCUGCAGAUAGUAACGCCAACAUGGAUGGCUCCGGGGAUACGCUUUCCCCUACUUCUUCACGCGCAACUCUGCAACGCCGUCCUAGAUCUGGUCACCUCCAGAAGAAUGCCAAGCAUUCGCCGCCUUCUACGCCCAGAGAUAUACAGCAAGCGAAGGUACCCGUUGGAGUUUCCCGUCUUCAUGUAGUCGAAUUGCCUACUCUGAAAAUGGGCCCGAUCUACUGGGACCCUGUUCACGACGUGUGCUCUGUAGUCCGUGGUACAUGGUUCUACAAAGAGACAAUGUGGCCUGUUGAAACAGACCUUGCUAACCAGCUUGAGGAAGGAUUCGAGUACAUCAAGCCUUGGACUCCCACUUACAACGACGAGCUUAAUAGCUGCAUUGAGAUAGGUCCAGAAGCUGAACUCAAAGUUGCACAUAAAAUCUGGCCGGCCGAACAAGCGACAGCAGACUCAAGGCCUUCGACUUCUCGAGACAAGCCGCUAGAGGUACAAUUGGGACCAGAAACAGCAAGGCAGCGCAAUGCUCUCAAAGCGGCGGGAAAGCCUGAAAAUCGCGCUGCUGGUAUACUUGACGGUUUUGACGACCCGGUCAGGCCGUUUGCUAAGUCGAGCAUCAUUUAUGUAAAUGCGUAUGAAGGACAAAUUCUCAACGCUGGUCAAUUGCCUUCCGUUGCCAGAGGCAGAAAACCUUUGGCAAAGAUUCGAAAAGGCCAGUCUGUGGGUGUGACUGUAACGCGAGGCUUUGACUUCAAAGCAUGGGAGAAGAAGUACUCUUCCAAGAAAGGAUCUGCCAAGGCAACUCGAGAUAGUCUUCAAGGCAUGCGCGUCCCCACUCAUGCUUCCACCGAUCGAAGAAAGUCCUGUGUCGCAUGUCUCUCAGCAGAGGAGACCCCUAAGGUCACUGAUUUGGUUCUUGUCAUACAUGGCAUUGGUCAAAAGCUUUCCGAGCGGGUGGAAAGCUUUCACUUCACUCAUGCAAUAAAUGCAUUCCGUCGCUCAGUCAACACAGAAAUCCAGUCUGACCUCGUCAAGCCUUGGUUACGGCCUGACCUUGGGACCAUCAUGACCUUGCCUGUCAAUUGGCGAUCAAAAAUGAAAAUAGAUGGUGACUCGCCAGUUGCAGAAAGGUCACAGGCGAGUGGUGGUCCCUCCAACCCAAAUUACAGCUUGAAAGAUAUCACUGCAGAGACGCUUCCUGCUGUACGUAACCUAAUCAGUGACGUGAUGCUCGACAUACCAUACUAUCUUUCUCAUCAUAAGCCGAAGAUGAUCGAAGCCGUCAUAAAAGAGGCUAAUCGCAUAUAUCGCCUUUGGUGUACCAACAAUCCAGGCUUCCAUGAACAUGGCAAGGUACAUUUGAUCGCGCACUCUCUGGGUAGUGUAAUGGCGUUGGACAUUCUUAGCAAUCAGCCCACCAAACUUCCGCAAGAACUAGAUUUUGGUGCGACUUCGCCACGUAAUGACUUUUUCGAGUUCGAUACCAAGAGCCUUUUCUUCUGCGGUAGCCCCGCGGGCUUCUUCCUUUUGCUUAAUCAUGCUCCCCUAGUACCAAGACGUGGCAGGGAAAAGGCCGGAGCUGAUGUCGAGGAUAUUGGAAGUGGUGGGGUGAGUGGCGAAACAGGCAAAUACGGUUGCUUAGCGGUGGACAAUCUCUACAAUAUCAUGCAUCAGAACGAUCCUGUUGCUUAUCGCGUCAAUGCUUGUGUGGACGUCGACUACUCCAACGCUUUGCAGCAAGCGUUUGUUCCCAGCGCAACAGCUUCAUGGACCCAAUACUUCGGUGCAAUGUUCAGAGGCAAAGCGGCUAUCCCUACUAAAGCUUUUGGAGCUGCUCCUUCUCGCCCCCCUAUCGCGAAGCUGCCCUCUACAGUCGAGUUAGAGACACACAAUUUCACGCGCGAGGAGAUUGCCGAGAAGAGAAUGUUGCUCCUGAACGACAACGGGCAGAUUGAUUAUACAUUGAAGUCUGGUGGUGGGCCCCUCGAGAUCCAAUAUCUGAAUAUGUUGAGUGCCCAUAGCAGUUAUUGGAUUAUGCAAGACUUCGUCAGAUUUCUCGUGGUUGAAAUUGGACGAAAGCCGGGCAAAAAUGAGACUGUAACGAGCUUUAGGGCGGUAAAGAAGGCUUGGGCCAAGAAGUGA